GGGAGGGAGGGGGAGGAGGAGGAGGAGGAGGGGAAGGAGGGAGCAGGAGGCCAGGGGGAGAGGAGGGAAGGAGGGAGGGGAAUUUCUAAAAAAGUUUAAAGAAAUCGGAGCGAAACUAGAGGGGCAGGCGACUGCCGGAUCCGCGCGAAGCCGCGGGGCGAGCGCGGCCCCCACCCCUUCCUUCCCUCCCUCCCUCCCCGUGGCCCGGCUCUCGCCCGCCUCUCAGCGCCGCCGGCUGAGGCGGCUCAGCCCGGGGACGCGAUUCAACAUGGUGCUGCUGCCGGGGGCGCGCGAGCGGGCGAGGGGCAAGGCGAGCUGAUGGUGAGGGGUCUGGGCGGCCGGAGGCCCAAGAGUUUCGGCGGCGGCGGCGGCGGCGGGGCUGGGGCAGGCGGGGCUGGGGGUGGGGAGGGGGAGGUCUGUGUGGUGGUUUGUGGAAAGCGGGGUGACAGCGUGUAUUUCGGCCCCGGUUCCGCGGGGCCCUCGCACACAUUUACGCGCGGCCUCGGCCGCGGAGGCCGGGGCGUCCCCAGGCAGAAGCACCGGCGGCAGCUGAGCCGCUGCGCGCCGCCCGCCUGCUUCCCUCCCCGCCAGCCUCCCUCUCUGCCGCCGCCAGCGCCGCCGCCACGGCCCGGCAGCCAGUGCCACACAGCGACCCCCGAGGGCCGGCCGCGGCACUGCGCCUGGCUCCACACCGCCCCGGCAGCUCCUCGCGGGGAACAAUAGACUCGGCUCGCCGGGCUUAGGGUUCGUCUGCAAUGUGCCGCACAUUUCACACACACACACAAAGCCGGCGGAAAGGGGGGCGGCGCGGGGAAACGGCCACUACCGGUUGUUCCAGGGUUAGGGGUGGAGGCGAUGUUCGCGUCCCCGACCCGGCUGUUAGAAGGGCCGCCUCGGAGUCCCCGCCCGCCCGAUAGAACCGGUGUGGCGCUCUGAAGGGAAAGGAAGCUCACCGGGGCAGCUACUCACGCUACGCAACAUUCACAGAUCGGAAUAAAGUCAAUGUGUUACCUUCUCUUUUUGUAAAGUCUAAAGGAAUCGGCUUUUAUGAGCCUUAUGCUAGUAUUUUGGGGCCUGGUUAGCACAUUUUCUAUGAAUUAUCCACACGCUAACUUUAGCAAACUAUACGUUAAAUACAUUGUGAACUGUCUGUCCUAGUUCUGUGGAAAUAGAGUAAUGCUGUUAAUCCAUCUUGCCGCUGGUUGGCUUCACAUAUCAAACUGGAUUAUUCUAUGAGCAAAGUUAUGCAAGCUAACUAAACUGGUUGGGAAGCAAUCUGUCGAACUUCGACAAUAAUUAACGUUUACAUUUUUAUAGUAAAGUCUCUUCAAGAUUGCUGCAUUUAAAAUAAAUAUCAAAUAAAACAUUUUUCCUUGCUUUCAAAUGUCUUAAAUGUAAUCCUCGUUUAAAAUAUUUUUGAAAGUUAAAAAAACCCUUUGUUUAAAUGAUAGUCAAAACAUCUCAACAAAUACUACCACCUAAAUUUGCAUUUACGAAGGGUGUUGGAGCCGGCUUUUUGCUACAAAUGUUAAGAUUACAGUACGGGAAGCGUAUUAUUAUUCCCAUUUUAGUGACGGCCACCACGGGCAAAGUCACUGCCUAACGCAAGGUCAAAGGGUAGUAAGGGUCUGGAUGGGUUAUUUCAGGUAGUCGUUCCAAUGGGAACAUUGCUUUGGAGGUGAAAAAUUAUGUAAUAUAGUGCAGCGUGCUUCCGGUGCUCACUCUAGGAAACGGACUUAUUUCCCAACUAAAGUUUGUCUCUCAAGUGGGGUCGGAAUAAGGUUGUGGCUAGGAAAUUCCUGACACCCCAGGGCCAGUGAGUGUCUCGCAAGCCUGUGAGGGGCGGAGACCCGGCUCGGGGAGGUGGAGAAGCUCGGCGGCCGCGGGAGACUGCUGUUAGGAACACUCGGUCAGCUGUCCCUUCCCCCACCCGUCCUCUUAGGGGGAGUGGAGAUGUGGGCUCGGAGCUGCGUGGCCCGGGCUGUGCGGAUUCCCUAAACGCCGCACUUGCGCACAGCCCCUUACGUAACCGUCAGUGCCGGGGAUUCCCUAGAGGGGGUCAUUCUAUUCAACCAUUAUACACACCCCGGGCUCCUGCCGCCGCGCCGCCGCCGCCUCACAAAAUGGCGGCGCCCAUAGAAGAGACAGCGUCCGUCUCCCCGGCCCCAUUUUGUGGGAGGUGAGAGAUCUGUCAACAUGGAAAACCUCUGCUGAGGAUGCAUCCGAGUUUGGAAACCCCACUUAAGGGAUGGAGCCUGGGGGAUCACAUUAAACGGAAAAUGCCAACGACUUCCACCUCUACGCAUUUUUAGUUUUUCAUUUUCUCGAAGGAAGCGCCAGAAGCCUGUGGGGUAUAACUAGAGGGAGAACGGAAAGCUGAGGUGACUGCUCCGGGGACUUGCCGCGGCGCCUUAGUGGCUUUGGUUGCUCUUCCACGCUCCCGGCAGCUGACCGCGAUCUCUUGGAGGGUCUCCUGGGCCACCUCGGCCGCGCCUGUCGUGCAAUGAGACUUUUCUGUAGUUUUAAAAUGCCACAGUCCACGGCCCGGUCGGCACCGCUCGCCUGAAUCGUGGGCUUCGGGAACCCUGGAGGCUGCUGCUCCAGGAACUCGCGGUCGGCCGGGAACCGGGGAGCUCGGUUGCCAGGAGCGGGCGGUAUUCGUGGACUCCGGCGGCCCUAGCGGGUGGCGGCCGGGAUCCGAGCUGGGGAUGACGGUGCUGAUGGAGCUGAUGGGGCAAGAGUGGGAACGGAGGCACGUACACUGAAAUUUAAGUCGUCCGAGUUGGGACUUAAGAUAGAAGGUUAAUAUUGUCUCAGGCUAGACUUAGAAUGUCUUUUCUGGUAUCCUACUCUGCAGUGGGCAAAUCUAUUGUCUUUAUUUCUCAUUUAAGGGCAGAAUGAAGGGAUGACAUUUUUACUUUUCAAGAGGCGGUUGCCACUUUUAAGUCACUGUUAAUGUGUGUGUGUGUACAUACACUAACAUAUACAAUAGUGUGUUUUGCUUUUCAGAGCAAGUAUCAAAGGCUAAAGACUUGGAGUGAUAAUGUUUAAAAGCCUUUUUAAAAAAAAAAUGUGAUGAGAAACUGGAGAAUUGACUUUUUAAAAUUCCUUUUCUGUAGAAGAGGCUAUCUUCAAAAUGGAGUCCUAAAGUAUAUCUGAUGAAUAGAAUUUAAAUUUUUAACAGUGUAUACCCUGCGGUCAAAAGCAUAAACGUAAAACUUGAUGUUUAUCAGAUUACUUACGUUUCAAUUUUCCUGUGAUUAGAAAAAUGUAAGACAAAAGUAAGCUAUUAAACGGUAUUUGCUUGUAAGAGUAACGUAAAGGUUUAAGGAAAGGUUUGUUGAAACAGAUAUGCAUCACAAGAAUAAUUUAUUUUAAAUGUUGUUUUCUAGUUGCAGCAAUCAUUUGUGUUUACAUGACUUUUUAAAAAGGGGUGUAGUUUAUGUUGAUUUUGAUCCUCGUAUUUAAUCUCUAGUGCAGAAGUUGAGAUUUCUGCAGGCUGCGCCUCAAUCACUAAGUUCCACACUCCAUCCUCUGCCGUGCCAAUCCUGGCAUGUGGAUCACCAAGAUAAAAUUUCUGGUCCUGUCUGUUCUUACUGAUGUCCUUUAGAGUUGAUAAAUUUGAUUGCCACUAAUCAGUCUGUAUCUCUUGCAAGAACACCACAUUUAGCAUCGAAGUAGAGUCAGAGUAUAUUUUUUAUGAGAUUGUACUAAAGUAACCUUAUAUUGUAUUUCUUAUUACCAUAUUGCAUUUCCUGUAGUGGGCAGCAUAGAGCAGGUGGAUCCUGGCAAAGUAAUGUUAGAGAUGUGCUGACAGCUUUACAAUAGAUAUUCUCCAACUAAUUUAACAAGAUACAAAAUAAAAUGUAGUUCGUAGUUUUCAAGCAUUAAUGGAAAGUGUUCCUAUUAAAAAAUUACCAAUAACAGUGGAAAUUGUUGCAAUCCAAUUUGUAUAGUUUACUAUUUUGGUGACAAAGUCCUUAUGAUGGGAAAAAUGGAAAGUGUUGCUUUUGUAACUGCAAACGCUGCACACCGUAAUUAGAGGUUUCUGUUAUUUUAUUUGAAUUUUUCAUUCCUACUAUCAGUUUUAAUAUUAGUCUGGAAAUUGUGAUAAAUUAAUAAUUCCCUCAUUCAACUAAACCUUAAAAAACUACCCAGUUUCAAAUCAAGCAUAUCAGGUGUAUGAUUACAACAGCUGAAAUAACUUAAAUUGAGGAAUUGGUAUGCCAACUCAGUGGAGAAAUUUUGUGAUUUUAGGUUAUUCUAAGAUUUUAAAAAAUAGUUUGAAUCGUUAAACAAGGCUAUUGAAGUUAAAUUGGUAUUUCCUUAAAGAUGAUUUUAGAGAAAAAUUCUUUGGCGAGAUUCGAGAAUGCCUUCAUGGCUUCUCUUGCCUGUACCUAUUGCUGUACUUUUUUAUGUGGACUAAUUUGUCUUAUUUGAAAAUUUAAUUACAAUAUCAAAUCCUAGAUGAAGCCCUCCCAUUCUUAUGGUGAUUCUAGGAGGUACUGAUAACUAAGCUCUUAAAAGGUGAGGAAAUAGUUUGUUCUGCUGCAAAUUAGGGUACUCUUAAUACAGACACUCUGAUGGUAAUUCUAAGUAGUAUUGAUAGCUAAGCUUUUAAAAGAUAAGGAAAUAGUUUAUUCUACUUCAGAGUAGGAUAAUUUUAAUGCCCUGAAUAUACUCUGAAUCUUUUAUAGAUAGAUUUCUGAAUGAUUUGGCCCGAAAAAGCCUGAUAAGCUUUGGAGGAUUUUUUUUAAUUUUUUUUUUUCUCUUAAAAAGGAAUCAGAAAUGUGGGAUUUUUUUAAAAAAAUUAUUUUCAGUAGAUAUUGGAGAUUAUGCUUUGUACAUUAAAGCCAGUUUGAUUUUUAUAAUUUUCAAUUAAAGACUUUCUAAUAAGACAACUAAAAUAUUAAAUUUUAGGCAAUUAUAAUAAUAUUUUUUGGAGAAGCAUUCCCAGAUGUACUUUUGACAAGGAGUUGAUUUUAUUAGUUGUUUGGGUUGUUUAAUCCAGAAUUUUUAAAACUGUUAUGGGUUUAAUGUGCUACAUUUGUCCAUUCUUAUUCAUUUCCUCUGUUUUGAUCACUGAAAAGUUGUCUAAAAACUGUGCUCAUUAUACACAGUUUAUAGUAUUUAAUAGCUUCUGAAAACUUUAAGAGACCAUACUAAACCAAGGAACUAUUUAUUAAUGGUAAUCUAUAUUUAGUAAUAAAUAUAUUUGUAACUAAAUGUAGAUUACUAAAUCACUGAGUAAAUAUUUCUUGAAUAUUUGGACAAGAGGUGGGGGGAGGGAGAAUGACUUGACCCUCAAGGAACUUAACUGCUACCUUUAACAGGUUAUAAUGAAGCGGGGUACAGUGGUACACAGCUGUAGUCCUAGCUACUCAGGAGGCUGAGACAGAAGGACCCCUUAAGCCGAGGAGUUCGCGUCUCUGUCUCUUAAAACAAAAAAGGUUAUAAAAAUAUUCAGACUGGAGGGUUCCUAACUUUUAAUACUUAAGCAGGGUCUUUACCACAGAGUUAAAUUUAAAGUUCUGUUUAGAAUGGUAACAAAUUUAAUUAUGUACAAAACAGCAUCACUUUAGUGUUAGUAUCAGUGUUACUCAAAGUGUUGUAAUAAUGUUAAUAACAAGCAUUUAAAUCACAUUGUUUGAAAACUGGGAUCUACAAAAAAUAUGAUUCCAAUAAUUAACUUUUUAAUUAUGGGAAAGGCAAGGCAAUGUUCAGUGAAUGUAAAAAAUAUACUACUGAGCAAACAAACAAAUUGUUUUAAUGAAUUUUGAUUUUCUGUUUUAAUUUUUUGGUACGUUGACUCUUCUUGACAUAGCACUUUGCUAUUAAUUAAAAAAAAUUAAACCCCAAAGACAAAUUAAUUCUGUAUUUAAUGCAGAUUUAAUUCUUGACUAGCUGUAAUGCUUAAGGAGUUGGCAGUCUUGUUGGCAAAACAAUAAAAUAGGAAUUAAGCUGAAAUGCAAAGCUGUGUAAUAAUUAGUUUUCAUGAAAGUAUAUAUAGUUUUCCUUAAUAACUACAUGAGUCAGUAGUGUUGACUUAAUAAUAAUUUAUUUAGCUUUUGCUUUUCUCAGAAAACAUAUCAGACUCUUCAUAUAUAGCAUCAAAAUAGAUAUUCAACCUGAGCCACUGUAAAUUGUUGAAGCUUAUUGCUAUACAUUAAGGGAAAUUCUAUCCAACAGUUCAGUAUGAACAAUUUUUUAAAGGUGCUAUGAUUCUUUAACAUGAUUUGUAGUAUGUAGAACUCAAGUAUUCUAGAAUAAUAUUUGUGUGAUAAUGUACAUGAGAAACAUUUAUAAACAGUCCUUCAGGUGUACAAAAUAACUGACAUAAUAUUUUGCAUUUAACUACACUGCCUCCAAGUAUUUUAAACAAAGAUGAAAAUUUUAGAGUAUUGUGCUAUAUUUUUAUAACUGAAUUUCCCUCUUAUUAACAAUACUAAUAACAUUUAGCCAUCAAUGAUUACUGAUAGCUUAAAUAAGAGUGUAGUUUCUGUUUCUAAUGUCUAUUAAUUUUAACCCCAUUUAAAGACAUUUCCUACUUAUCAUACUCAGAGUUAAUCAGAAGUUAAAUGAUGGUCCUUCUGGUUCUCUGGAAACUGAAAAGAAGCUUCUCUUUCUUCAGGGUAUGCAGAAUUUUUUUUUCUUCCCAAUGAGCUGAAUCCAUCCUUUACACUGCUAUUUGCUAACCUCAAUUGUUUUUCUGCUCCAUUAAAGUUGAGGCCACCAAAAAUAGUAGUAAUAUCACAACUACAAAACCCUGGGUGGAUUUGUACCCAUUGCACAUACACUCCUUGCUGCCAAUUCCUAAGAGACUUUUGAAAUAAUAGUAUAUUCUCAGGUAGACAAUAGAUUCUACUUGUGGCCUGUGUAUAGUGUUCAACAAGUCCAUGAGCCCUAUGAAACAAGAUGUAUUUACUGCAUUUUUCUAGGGAGAAGGUCUCAGCAGGCACGGGCAUCUUAAAGACCCUGUGAUGCCCAAAAGGUUAAAGCUCUAUUUGCUAAUGACGGAUAGUAAGUUUGGAGGAUUGCUUCAGGUGUGGCAUUUUAUUUUGUGGGUUGUUGGCCUGUAGGGAAAAACAUCUUGAAAUUACAGUUAAGGAAUACCACUUCAACUCAUCAAAUUAAAAAAAUUACGGCAAAUGAGCAAAAAUCUAUUUUUAAAGAACUACAUACAAUAUAUUCUUAUAGAAAAAUUUAGGUUAAAUGCACGGAACUGCUUUUUGGUUUGCCCUGUAUUGAAAAUAGAUGGAUGGGGGAUUACAUUAAUUAAUGUAUUUUUUUAUUUAUUUUUGAGGCGGGGUCUCUGUUGCCCAGGCUGGGGUGCAGUAGUGCAAUCUUGGCUCACUGCAACCUCUGCCCCCUGGGCUCAAGCAAGACUCACAACUCAGCCUCCUGAAUUGCUAGGACUGCAAGUGCACACACCACACCACACCUGGCUAAUUUUUGUAUUUUUUGUAAAGACAGGGGUCUCGCUAUGUUGCCCAGGCUGGUCUUGAACUCCUGAGCUCAAGCAAUCUGCGUGCUCAAGCCAUCGGCCCGUCUUGGCCUUCUAAAGUGCUGGGAUUACAGGCGUGAGUCACUGUGGUCAGCCUCUAUUAUUUUAAAGUAGGCUUCAAAUAUAAUUCUUCACUAAUUGGGAAUGCCUGGGGAUGUAUAUGAAUUUAUUACCAUUUUGUGAGUAGUAGUGUGUGCUUGUGUUCAUGGAUGGCAUUCAUCAGAAUGUUUCCAAUGGUGUAGACAGGUUACACUGCCAUCUUCCUGUUCUCCUUUGUGCUUACCUGCUCUGCUUGUAUUUGCUGCAGUUUCUGGUGAGUGUAUGUAGGUGUUGGCCCAGAUGUUGCUUUUGUAGAGAUCAUCCAUAGGGCUCAUUUAUCCCAAAUCAGUUUUUGUGUAUUAUCUGUGGACCCAAUGUGUAAUUUGAACUUUAAGAAUACUACUUCAGACUGCAGUGUAG